AUGGACGCCGAGGCAGCCUUCGCGGAAGCCCGCAGGGGCGCGGAGGAGGCGCCGCGCAAGGGCAUGGACGGCUUGCUGAGCCCGGCCGCCUUCUCGGCUAGCGGGCCCUGCAGGAGCGCGGCUGCGGUCGACCCCGGCGCCCCGGCAGCGAUGCAGGGCGCCGGCUUCCCUGCCCCGGACGGACCUCCUCCCCCUCCAGGCUCCGGGGAGGGCUCAGCCAAGCCCUGCAUCCCGUGCCCGGCAGCCAUCCCGCAGGCUUUGGCCGCCGCCGUCGCCUCGCCCUUCUCCUACGGAUGCACCGGGGGCGGCUACUACUCGUACCGCGUGGCGCGGAGCUCCCUCAAGCCGUGCCCCCCGCCGCCGCCGCCUCCGCCGCCGCCGACCGGCUACCCGACCGAGAAGUACCUGGACGCGGGCAGCUCGGUGGCUGCCCCCGAGGACUACCAGACGCGGCCGGCUGAGUUCGCCAUCUACCCGGCGGGUUACGCGGGGCCUUACCAGCCGAUGGCGAGCUACCUGGACGUGUCCUUGGUGCAGGCCAUCGGAGGGCCUCCGGGAGACGCCAGGCACGAAGCCCUCCUGCCCGUGGACCCGUACCACGAACCGUGGGCCUUGGCCGGAGGCUGGAACAACCAGAUGUGUUGUGCCAAAGAGCAGAGCCCGGCGGGCCACUUUUGGAAAUCUGCGUUUCCAGAAGCUGUAGGCCAGCAUCCCCCGGAGGCCUGCACCUUCCGCCGCGGCCGCAAGAAGAGGAUCCCUUACAGCAAGGGGCAGCUGAAAGAGCUGGAGAAGGAGUACUCCAACAGCAAGUUCAUCACCAAGGACAAGAGGAGGAAGAUCUCCGCUGCCACCAACCUCACCGAGAGACAAAUCACCAUCUGGUUCCAGAACCGGAGGGUUAAGGAGAAGAAGGUGGUGGCCAAGGUGAAAAGCAGCAGCGGCGGCAGCAGCAGCAGCGGCGGCGCCACGCCGUGA